AUGAGCGAGCGGUGCCGGGAGAUCAUCACCCCGACCCCGUCCCCCGCCGCAUGUCCCCCCGGCGGUGCCGUCGAGAAAGGUGCCGCUAGCGUCGGCGGUGGUAGUACCAAUGGCGGCGGCGGCAAUGCUACCGCGGUGAUGGAGGAGAGGAGGAGGGCCGCCCGCAAGCGCGCGAUGGACAUGAUCGAGCAGAAAGCGUCGGCGUUUGCCCGGCAGAUCAACAUGAUGGCCUCCUCCUCCUCCUCCUCCUCCUCCUCCUCUUCUGAAGACGAGGAGGUUAAAGACGGCGGCGGCGGUGGUGGUGGUUUGUCCAGCGGUGCCGGUGCGGGGCGGCGAGUGGCCGGCACGUGCGCUUCCCCUACCGAAGGGAGCGGGUCCCCGGCAGAAGGGGCGGCGGGAAGGCGGGGGAAGCUACGGCUGAAGCGCAAGAAACGGGAGCGGCGCAGCAGGGGCAGCAUCAAGGAGCAGCGGCCGGAGUGCAUCGUUUGUCGCGACGAUGCUGACCGAGGGCCGUUGGGUUAUGUCGGAUUCGGCAGGCGUUCUCAGGUGCUGGACGUCAGGCCGGACGGGGAGGAGCGGUCCCCGGGGGUGCACCUACAGUUUUGCGGGCACACCCUCCACUACUCCUGCUUCGAGAAGUACUACGUGACGAUGGUGCAGAUGUCGGACAGCAACAACAACGUCGCGCUCGACGUGGACAAGGGGGAGUUCCACUGCCCCUUCUGCAAGGCGGUGGGCAACCUCAUGGUGCCUUGCCUCGAGGAGUCUUCGGAGACCGAGGAUAGCGAUUGGGAGGAAGAAGAGGACGAGGAGGUGGAGGAGGACGAGGGCGAGGAGGAGGAGGAGGAGGAGGUGGGGUUGGGGGGCAAGGAGAGGCCGGGCAAAGGUGCGACGGCUGAUCACGCAGGAGGGGAUCCGAUGGACGUUUCUGAGGAAGAGCACCAAUCGAGCGACGCCGGCGGUGAUGGUGAUGAUGAUGUCGGCUGGCUGGACAGGAAAGCCGCGCUCUCCUUAAUGACGGCACGGCCCUCGAUGUUCGCCGCCCGGCAGUCGGCGGCGGCGGCAGCGGCGGCGGCCACCCAAUCGGCGUCAAAGACGGCGGCGGCGAUGGACCGGACGGGAUCGGGGUUCGUGUACAUGGUCAUGGCCGGGAACGCAGACUCCAGCGAAGACAACGAAGACGGCGGCGGCGGCGGCGGCGGCGGGAUCGAUGGCGGCGGCGAGGAUGGUGGCGAUGAAUUAUCGGCACAGCAGCAGCUGUUUGACUCGGCCACAAGGAAGUUCCUGGAGUCGGUGUACGAAGUGGAGACCGGCGUGACACCGGUGCUCCCGUCGGUUACCCCGGAGGCCCUGUUCCUGAGUGCCUGUCGAGCCCUGGCGUACUCCGUGAGCUCAGCCGCCACCACGGCGUCUCCCAUAGACUCCUUGCGGGGCUACGCGACGGCGGUGGCGGCGGCGGCGGCGGGUUCGGGAACAAGGGGCGCGGCGGCGACGGCGAUUGAUCACGGGGAUGCCACGCGUCUCCGGUGUCUCCGGCUGGUCGCGGGUGUGCUUAGGAGGGCUGCCGGGCAGGCGGGGCUGGAGGAGACGGUCCGUCGGAAGCUUGCAGGGUCUCUUGCUGGCACCUCCGCGGCUGAUCGUGACGGCCUCAGCGGCACUGGUGCCGGAGCAGCGGACGGGACGGCGACGGGGACAACACCAGGCGAUACGAGCGGCGAAGCAGGAGGAGGAGGAGGAGGAGGAGGAGGAGGAGGAGGAGAGGACGCCGCUGGUGCUGCGGUCGGCGGCGUUGAUCCCUGCCCCGCCGACAUGGCCGCCGCGAUAGCUGAGGUCUCGGACACCGAGCUGACCGCGCUGCGAGCGGAGGUGGCGCGGCGGAUGCAGCAGAAAAAGUUACUCGCAGAGCAAUUGGACAGGCCGUUGCUGUUGGCGGGGGCGAUGGAGACGCUUGGGGCGGCUCUGGUCGUGCUCCCGGCGGGGGACACCCAGGGGGCGAUGCAAUGCGUGGGGUGA